CAGCUUCCUCCCGGCAUGCAGCAGCCUGCGCCUCCCUCCCUCCCUGUCAGAGCGGCGCAGGGUGGAGCAGCAGACGGACCGACAGCAGCAGCAGCAGCAGCAGCAGCAGGAGGAGUGAAGAUGGAUGGAGACUCCGCCCCCCUCACAGAUGGCCCCGCCUAUGAAACGCAGAAGAUGGAAGAAAAAGCCGCUGUGAAGGCAACUUCUGAAGAAUCAAUGAAGGCCUCCAGGACAGCAGGAGGCGCCAGAGCAGCCAAGAUGAUCUCAGCCAAGAGCACAGAGUCCGUGGACGGCGUCAGCAGUCCAGGAAGUCGUUCUCCCGCCAGCCGAUCGUCCACGCCUAACAGAGAGGUGAAGAAGGUGGCGGUGGUCCGGACCCCCCCCAGGUCUCCUGGCUGCGCUCGUGGACGGACGCCCCCCCUCCCUUCUCAUCCAAUGCCCGACCUCAGCAAUGUGAAGUCAAAGGUUGGGUCCACGGAGAACCUGAAGCACUCACCUGGAGGGGGCAAGGUUCAGAUCAUCAACAAGAAGCUGGAUCUCAGUAAUGUGACGUCAAAGUGCGGCUCCAAAGACAACAUCCACCACAAACCAGGUGGAGGGAAGGUGGAGAUCAAGUCGGAGAAGGUGGAGUUUAAGACCGUUCAGUCCAAAGUCGGCUCUCUGGAGAACGUCACUCAUGUGCCGGGAGGAGGGAAGAAGAAGAUCGAGACUCAGAAGCUGAGCUUCAGAGAGAGCGCCAAAGCUCGAACCGACCACGGUGCUGAAAUCAUCAUCCAGGCUGACUCCUCCCCUUGUGAUCUUAGCAACACUUCCUCCCACGGAAGCCUUAAUGCUACUGAAGCUCCGCCCCUCGACACCCUGGCCGAUGAGGUGUCCGCCUCUCUCGCCAAACAAGGCCUGUGAUUGGACAAACCCUGUGCCUACAGACCCUGCCCCCCUCCUGUCACCAAGGAAACGGCCUAUUAGAAGAAAAAAAAUCAUCAUACAUGUUACACAAACGCUACCGAGGAUUGGAGAGAUUUUAUGAAUCAGAAGUCCAGGUGAGUUCAUCCAGGUGUGCAGAGUCACAUGAUCAGCCUCAUAUUUAUUAUCUCCACCGCGACCCGACUUUAAGCUGAGCAGCGACAAAUGAAUGAAUAAAUAUGACUUUCAGCACAUAAAUGUUUAACCUUAAGAGUUCCUGUGGUCAGCUGAUCAGCUCGGCGUGCCGCUGGCCUCGUCUCACUUUAAAAAACCUGAUCAAAGACCCAACGGCGUUAAAUGAUGCGAUUAAACACAAACUCCACAAACCUGUGACGCGUAAACACCCACAGCGAUGAAAAAGCAUCUGAAGCAUGAACUCGCCAUUAUUUUACAUCUGCGUUUAGUCUUGAGCACUUUCUGGAGGAAACAGGAAGUGUGAGAACGGUGGGAAAAAGUGACUCUGGAAACAGGAAGUGUGCUAUUAGCGUUGUUCAUAAAAUCUCUCCAAUCAUCGAGCCUCUCUCUGAUGUCAUCUCUCUACCAAUCACAUCUCUUCUGUGUUUUUGCUGACGUGCUGUACCAACCCCUCACCACCACCAUCGUUAAAAAAAAAAUACUCAGAAUGCCGUUUGAUACCAGGUGCCAAAACAUUUGUCUCUCUGCCUGUUGGCUGUUCAAGUGCUUUGUACCAAUAAAGUUUCUCUUGAAUCUGACGAGUUUUUCAU